UUGAAAUGAAAAAAAUAUUUAGAAAAAUAAAAUUAUAAUAAUUAAUUUUAUAAUAAAUAGACUUUUUUUGGCAGAAAAGUAAUUUAAUUGAUUUUUUUAAAAAUAGCUUAACAUAUGUAAAUAUCUAAGAUUGUACCCAAGAUUAAAAUAGGAUAUAACAAAAAAUGUCGUCUAGUUCACGAAGCAUUCCAAUCAAUGUAGCAAGUCGUUAUCCUAGAUCGUCGCGUAGACGAAAUUCAAUUGAAGAGGAUAUGGAUAAAGAUGAAGUACCUAAUACAACCAUGAGUGCAUCAUAUAGUGAAAUAUUAAAUGUUGAUAUUCCAACUGAAAGUAACGAAUAUGAAUAUUCUAAUCAAGAAUCACAUAAAAAAAUUAGUAAUUCUAAUUCUACCGAUGACGAAUUACAAACUGGUGAAACAAUAGAUAGUGAACCUAAUGAAAUAAUAGAUCAUCGUCCCAAAUCAUUAUUAUGUGAUAGUUCAUUCCCCUAUAAUUUAGAAGGAACAAUUAGCAAAGACGGUGACGUAACUAAUUUUGUCGCAAAAGAUUUAGAACAUAAAAUUCGAUUAUCUAGUCCUAGUACUAAAGAUUCACCAUCCCAUAAUAGCACUAGUCCAUCAACGUCCGGUAUAAUGACAAGACAUUUUUUAUCGUCUCAAAAUUUACCACAAAUUGAUUCAAAUGUUUUAAAUGAUAUUGAAAUUGAAGCACAAUAUUUAGCAGCAUCUGCUGAUAACUUAAUAGAAAAUUUAGGUAAUUUAUUACACUCAAUUUCAUCAAUAACAAGUGAUAAUGUAGAAGUACAUAAAAAUGCUGUUAGUAAAUUAACAGAUUGUAUGGAUGCUAAUAUAAAAAUUAUGUAUACAAUAAUGGCAAAAACUGAAGAAAUUACAGAAUCAAUGAAACCAACAGAACAAGUAGCACAAAGAAUACAACAAAUUAAACGAUUUGUUGAUAUGCUAGAAAGUAAUUUGUAAAAAUUACCUUUUUCCCCCAUGCGUAUUUAUUGGAAAAUAUCUAUGGAUGUAAUCUUUGAUAUUACAAUUGACAUUUUGAUAUUGUUUGAGUAGUGGUCUUCUUCAAAUCAAUUGUCCUAUCUCUAUUCUCUAAAGUACACAUAUACUUUUAAAAGACAUUAUUUUUACUAUAAAAAAAGUGUUAUAAAAUAGGGAACGUGGGUAAUGUAGCCUCUGUCAGCCACUUAAGUCGUAUGUUGAAGAUACAGUUUCGGAAAUUUGAAAUACCUAUUAGAUUUUUCAAAAAUGGUAUAUAUCUCCAUAAAUCUCCAUAAAUCUAUAUUCUACAUAUUUAUGUACUAAAUGCUUUUUUUUUUAAUGCAGACGUACUAAUUAAAAUGCCUUACAUUGUUUGUAGUGCUUGAUUUCCAAACCCGAGAUAGAAAUGUUUAAGAUUCAAAUUACCAAAAAAACUCAUUAUAGUUGAGUAUAUAGUGAUAGAUAGUUUGAAAAUAGAAAGCUAUUAUUAAAAUUAUUAUUAAAAUCAAAUUUCCUUACAUAGAAUUCGUGCAAUUUAAAAAUUUAUUAGUGGUCAAAAUUAGGUCUAGAAUAUUUUUAUAAUCACAAUGUAGACUGGUAAUGCUCUGUAAUGUCUACGUUUUAUAAAUUUUCACAAAAUCAGUUUCUGCUAUAAUACUCUCUGCAAUUUAUUUUCUUUAGUUUUCGUUGUGGUAGCAGAACACUAUCACAAUAUAUUAAGAUUGCUUCUUUUCUACGCUUUCACGUUAUAGCCUUAAAAUUUUUCCCUUUAUUAUUUAUAAUUCGAAGUAUACACAAUAUUUAAAAAUAAUAUGUAUAUAUGUAAAUUAGCGUUAAUAAUUCAGCUUAUAUGGAAUUAAUCCAAAAUGAUAAGACGAAGUUUACCAGCGUAUUUCUAGAAUAUAAAAAAAAUGACAAAAUAUUAAUUAUCCUAUCUUCAUUAUACUAAAUCAUAAAUUAAACAAAAAACAAUAAAAUUAUAACAAAAAGUAAAAUUAUUUUAUUCAAA